UUAAUAUUCUAAAGGUGCAAUAACCCAUCACCAAAUGCCAAUUUCAUUUUUCAUUCCCUUACCAUUUUUUUAGUUGCUUGUCAACCUAAACUGAAUCUGAUUUUUGAAGACCAAUACAGAAGAAUUGAAUCUCCAUCUUCAAAACCAAAUUCAAUUCCCAAAUUUGAAUCGAAGAAUUUGAUCCGCAACAUGAGUCUGUCUCGGAUUUGAUUGAUGUGGGUCGCAUUCUAAAAACUCAGUUCGACCUUCUUGACGACGAAACGAAGACGCAAAAUUUGUCGAUGAAUGAGUGUUAUUAUUGAAGUGGCCCCUUAUCAUCUUCCUGUCGGUGCUGGUGCAAUCCGUACAUGGCGGCUCCGAGAAAUCUGGCGGGGGACGCCGGGAGGCUGCCUAUGGACGAGGAGAAUCCCAAGGAGGACGAUUGGUCCACCGGCAAGAGGCCCAAGUCCGAUAGGUUUCCGCUGUCGCGGUGGGAAUUCGCAGCGGCACUCGGCGUUUUCUUGGUCUUCUCUACCGGUCUCUGCUGCGUCUACUUGACCAUGCCUGCCGCCGAGUACGGUAAACUCAAGCUGCCGCGCUCCGUCGCCGAUCUUCGCUUGCUCAAAGACAAUCUGGCAACAUAUGCCAAUGAUUAUCCAGCACAAUUUAUUCUGGGUUACUGCUCUACUUACAUCUUCAUGCAGACUUUUAUGAUUCCUGGGACAAUUUUUAUGUCAUUGCUAGCUGGAGCUCUUUUUGGUGUAAUCAGAGGCCUUAUCUUGGUUGUCUGCAACGCUACAGCUGGAGCAUCAUCCUGCUUCUUUUUGUCUAAGUUAAUUGGAAGGCCUUUAGUUAGUUGGUUGUGGCCAGAAAGGUUGAGAUUUUUUCAGGCAGAGAUUGCAAAGCGUAGGGAAAAGCUGCUAAAUUACAUGCUUUUUCUUAGGAUAACUCCAACCUUGCCGAACCUUUUCAUCAACUUGGCAUCUCCAAUUGUUGAUAUACCAUUUCAUAUUUUCUUUUUGGCGACUUUUGUUGGUCUUAUUCCAGCAUCUUAUAUCACAGUCAGGGCUGGCCUUGCUCUGGGAGAUCUCAAGUCCGUCAAGGAUCUCUAUGAUUUUAAAACUCUGUUUGUGCUUUUCCUCAUUGGUUCUGUGAUUAUACUUCCAACCGUUUUGAAGAGGAAGCGAAUCUAUGAAUGAAAGUUCAGGUGUUGAGGACUCCAUUCCAUACUUCUGUCCAGAAGGCGGCUCAUGUAGUCUGACAGCUAAAUAGUGCAAAUGUUACAAUACGGUGAAGCUUAAUUUUUCCAGGACCCAGAAGGGAGUGUCUGUUUUUCGAUAUAGGCUCUUCAAAGCAUUCUUUACUAGGUAAUGUAUUGUUACAGAGUUAAAAAUGAUGUUUCGAAAGUUGCUGUGCGAAAAUAUUUAUGAAUUUAUCAUUGCUUUAGGCUCAUGUAACAUUGAUAGUCCGUGUAACAUGGUUUACAAUUAUAUAGCAAAUCUUAUAUUUUUUUUUCCAA